AUGAAGACUUCUUGUGUUUUGGCUAUUUUAGUUUGCGUCGGUCUAACCGUCAGCGCCCAAGAUGAUAGUCAGGAGAUUAUGUGCCAACUGUGCGUAGGAUUGGCAGAAGAGGUUCAGGAUAUCGUACGACAAGACUUUCCAUUGGACAAAGUUGAAGAAGAAGUAAAAGAAACUUGUCAUAUGUGGAACGUAAUACCAAAAUUGGAACAAAAGUGCUUGGAAAAAUUCCUUCCAAUAGUUGAUGAAAUGUACGACAAACUCAAUAGCACGUCACCUCAAAAAUUUUGCGAAUUUUUAGAAUUGUGUCUAGAAGAUUAG